UAUAUAUGAAUACAAUAAUACAAACACAUGUGUUGUUGUCUAAUACACUGUCAAUGUAUAACACAUUCAUCUGAUCUGAUCUCUCAUCUGAAGACAUCUCCUUUUUUAUAAACUAAUGGCCAAAAAACAACAGUUUAACAGAUUUCGACAAAAGAAGAAGGGAAAGAACAAUAGGAAUCGGAAGUCGAAAGACAAUAACAAUAAUGAAGACGAAAACGACAUCGAAAUGGUUGAUAACAACAACCAAAAAGUGAUUAGAAAUUCGCGUAAUUUUACCGCAGAGGACAACAACAACAACAAUGCAGAUGAUGAUGGAAAUCAAAGUGAUGGUGACUAUCAUGAGAUGCGAAUGAAAGCAAACAAGUCUAACAACAACAACAACAACAAAAUGAAGAAGAAUAAGAAAGGCGGCGGCUUUCAGGCCAUGGGUUUCGGCUAUAGUAUACUGAAAGGUGUUCUUCGCAAAGGUUACCGAAUACCGACACCAAUCCAGCGAAAAGCCAUACCAUUGAUAAUGAGUGGCAAAGAUGUGGUUGCAAUGGCCCGAACGGGUAGCGGCAAAACGGCUGCCUUUUUGUUGCCAGUAUUGGACAAACUCAAGUCCCAUUCGGCCAUAACCGGUGUCCGCGCAUUGAUCAUAUCGCCAACCCGUGAACUGGCCAUUCAGACACAUAAAUUUACCAAAGAGUUGACCAGAUUUACCGAUUUGAAAUCGACGUGUGUGUUGGGCGGCGAUUCAAUGGAAAAACAGUUUGCAGCCAUUCAUGAAAAUCCCGAUAUUGUUGUCGCAACGCCCGGCCGUCUGAUGCAUAUUGUUGUCGAAAUGAAUCUGAAACUGUCAACCGUCGAGUAUAUUGUCUUCGAUGAAGCCGACAGACUAUUCGAGAUGGGAUUCAGGGAACAACUAAACGAAAUAUUGAGUCGACUGCCUGAACAGCGCCAGACACUACUGUUUUCGGCAACACUACCGCAACUGAUUGUCGACUUUACCAAAGCUGGACUCAACGAUCCGGUUUUAGUCCGAUUGGAUACUGAAUCCAAAUUAAGCGACAACUUGAAGACAAUUUACUUGACUCUGCGUAAAGAAGACAAAACAGCUGUUUUGUUGUAUCUGUUAAAACAUGUCAUCAAAAUCAGUGAAUUAACUGUAAUUUUUGUUGAGACCAGACAUCACAUUGAAUACAUUAAAGACAUACUCAACAGUUCUGGUAUCGAGUGUUCAUUUCUGUACAGUUCAAUGGAUUUUGAGGCCCGAAAACUGAAUGUCCAACGAUUUCAAACGAGAAAAGUUCAUGUCUUAUUGGUUACCGAUUUGGCCGCACGCGGUGUCGACAUUCCACUGCUUGACAAUGUUAUUAACUAUAAUUUUCCGGCAAAAUCCAAACUAUUCGUCCAUCGAGUAGGCCGUGUGGCCAGAGCUGGCCGAUUCGGAACAGCUUAUUCAUUGGUAGCCACCGAUGAGAUGCCAUACGUUCAUAGUUUGAAUCUAUUUUUGAAUCGAGAAUUUAAAUUAGCGAAACCCGAAUCGAAAGUUACUGAUGACGGCCUAUUGGGUACAGUUCCUCAAGAGUUGAUCGACGAAGAAACCGAAACAUUGGAUCAGAUGCACUCAUUGGACAGUGAAUUGAGUUCAAUGAAAAUUGUUUGUCAUAACGCUUACAAACAGUAUCUAAAAUCGCGACCGACGGCCGACAACGAAUCGGUACGUAUUGUCAAACAAAUGGCCGAAAAAGAUAUCCAAACGCAUCCCAUAUUUCGUAGUCGUAGUAAUAAUAAAAAUAAUAAUAAUAAUAAUGAAAGUGAAAAAUUAAGAAACGAUAUGUUAAACUCGAUUCGUGGUUAUCGUCCGAAUUCAACUAUCUUUGAAACGGGAAAAACUAGAGGAAGUACUGGGUUUGAAGUUAUGCAACAAAAGAGAAAAUUGUUCGAUAAAUUAGUUGUUAAAAAAUCUGAUCGAAAUCCAAAUCAAUUGGAUUUUGAUCAAAAUAAAGACAAAUUCAAAGACAAUGAAUUCUAUGUUCGCUAUCAGUCGGACCAACAUUUCUCUGAAAAAGGUCUCGAAAUGGAUAAGCCGUUUAACGCACAGAUGGCUUCGGCUGUACUCGACUUCAACGGUGAUGAAUCGCAAUCUAUGAACAGAUCCAACAAUGCGUUGAAAUGGGAUCGAAAAAAGAAGAAGUUUUUGGCCGCCGGUAACACUGAUAACUCGAAGAAAAAGAAAAUCAAAACCGAAAGUGGAAAUUGGAUAUCGGCUUCAUAUAAGUCAGACUUGUAUAAGAAGUGGAAACAAAAAUCCAAAACUGAUCAACAAAUUAGUGAUGACGAAGGAGAUGGAGGAGUCGGUGGAGAAGAAGAAGGAAGAGAUAUAGAUCAGGAAAAGGCUAAACGAAAUGAAAGUAUUAGCAAAUUGAGUAAAAAGAUGAUGAAAGACAAUAAUAAACAGUCAUCGAGAAGACCGCCGAAAAGGGAGCUCAAGAAUAGAGAAGAGAUUUAUAAAGAAAGACAACGAUUGGAGAAAAAGAAAUCCUUUCAAAAGUGGAGACAAAGCGAAAAAGCAAAACAUAAGAAUAAUAUUAAUAAGAAAUCAUAAUUUAAUUUAUAAUA